UCUAUUAUUAAUCUAUUAUUUUUACUUUUUUUAAAUUAUGAAAUUUUGUUGUUUUAAUACCUUGGCCAUCGUGCCAGUACUUUGGUCUGUUUUAAUGUUUUUGGGUUUUGUUAGUGGAUAUAUUGUAGCUGUUACUUUGGGUCACCUUGAGCCUUUUGUGCCAUAUAUAAGCGACCUUGGACUAAAUGCCCCAGAAAGCUACAUAUUUUCAGCAGUUUGUACUCUAUCUGCCAUUUUGGGUGCUAUUACAAUGUAUGGAGAGUAUAAGUAUUUCAAGCUCUCUAAUCCUAAUGGCAAAGAUCUCCAUAACAAGAUCAUACUUGGCAAUGGAUUAUUGUCCUGCGUGGGUAUCCUCAUUGCAGGAUACUUCCAGGAGUUUGAAUAUGAAUAUGUUCACCUGAUUGGAGCAGUGUUGGCUUUUGGACAAGCAAAUCUAUAUGCAAUAUGUCACUGCUACUACUACUACAAAUUGUCACUCUGGAAGGAUAACACACGGCUGUUCUUAUUCCGUGUAGUACUUGCCUCGUCUUUAACAUCUAUUUUCUUAUGCUUGAGCUUAUUGUUUAUUGGCUGCAAAAUCUACGAUCACAGCUGUAUGCUUGCUGACUGGGAUUUCCCUUUCCGACAAGAAUGUGCCACUAUGGAGUGGUUGGAGUUGAUUGGGAUUUGCAUUUUCUUACUGACACUGAAAAAAGAAAUGCAGCAACUUGGCUUUAGAGUUCCAAAAAGUCUGAAGGAAGACUGGAUUGUCAAGACAGAAAAGUGUUAUGAUGAUGUGGAAGCCCCUGAAGACCCCAUUUCUGGGUAAUACAUUUACAGCCUUGGAAAGAAACUUACAACAUUCCCGCGCCUAUCAAGAGGAAUUGUAGAUGAAGUUUUAAUCAAAGAAGGAGGAGAAUACGGCAGGAGGAGAAGGGUUUCCAAUGCAGUUCCUUUAACGUUCCAGUGAAUUCUGUCUGUCUUUUUUAAGCUUUUUGCAGAAAAGUUUAACUAUUUAAAAAUAAAAAAA